AUGCCUCGCCUGAAGCAGCCAAAGACAUUGACAAAGCUUGCUUUGGAAGGUGUUGGGACAUUUUAUGAAGGUGUGUGUCAUCUUGCACUUUCGACACCUCGGGAAUAUGUGACAGAAGAAGGUUCUGAGAAAGAGAGUCUGAAGAAUCGUAUAUCGGCCCUCCAAGAACUUCUGUUCACGUGUGUCCCAUGGUUCCACCAUGAUGAGCUUGUUAAUAUCAUUGUAGAUCAUUCUGAUGUUCUCAUUGAGAAAGCUAAGAGAAGAUACCAGAAUGCUAUAUCUGCCACAAACUUUGUUUUUGAAGUCCAUAUUGUCUUGGGUCAUGCCAUGGUUAUACUUUAUCCUGGGCUGAAGCAUCUCAUCAUCUCACGUUACCCAAAACUCAUGCGUGAUGCUGUGAUCCAUCGACUGAAUGCACUGCAAAGCCUGGAAGUUUUAGAUCUUGGUUCAGGAUCAGGAGGAUGGCUGACAAUAUCAUUGACAACAUUUGUUGUCAAUGGUCUCCAACAUAUGCCUAACUUGGUAUCUUUCACUCUGAAUUCAGAUUGUAGUGAUGAUGUCCUCAGAUCAUUGGGCAAGCACUGUCCAAAGCUGAGGCAUUUGGAUGUGUAUGGAUCCCAGCAUGUAACCGAUCAAGGACUAGCUUGGAUAAUCUUUUGCAAGGAACUUAGAAGCAUCAAUCUUUUCCGCACUUCAGUGGAAGUGCCAGGGUUGGCCCUUUUGCUUAAAGAGCUAAAGUAUCUGCAGACGUUGUAUCGCUGCAAUGAGCUGGGUCAGGUACUUGAAUACAUGACAGGGAAAUACUGCAACUUAACACCUCUGAAUCUGCGAGAAUUUCGAUGUCGAGAUGCUAGCCAGGUUCAGAUGAAACUCCUUGCUAAACUGUGCCCAAAUGUGGAGUAUGUAUCGUUAUUCCAUGAUGACAGAAUUUCAGACUUGGGUGUUCUGGCAAGUCUUGAGAACCUAAAGGUGCUGCAUCUUCUUUCAGCUGAUUUUUACUCUGACCAGGUGAACCUACUUCUGAAAAGGUGUGGAAGUAGACUUAGUGAACUUCAUAUGGAGCAUGUUGAUGAAAUAGAUACAUUUGCUCUGAUGGAUAUAGCACAAAUAUGUCCCAAUCUGACAUCCCUCAAGUUUUUCAAUUGUGAAUUCCACAAUUAUGGAACAUUUCAGUUCCGAACUUUUGAGAUCGCUCCCUUUCAGAAUCUGCAGCAACUUGUGUGUGUUUGUGAUUGUGAUGUUGAACAGACUGUGUUCUUACUCCAACACUGCUAUGAUAUUGAGGAAAUUAUUUUGGGUCCACAUGUUGGCCUCAAUGAUGAAUGUCUUUCCUCUACACUUCAGCGGAACUCAAUGCAGAAACUGACUAAGUUCCAUAUGCGCCACACAAAUCAUCUCAGCCUAGCCAGUGUGUAUGCCCUCAUUGAUACAUGCCCCAACCUUCAGUCCUUGACCCAGUUAGAAGGUUGGAACAAAAUAUCUAAUGAAGAACUGGAAAACCUGAGAGCCUAUAUCAGAUCUCAAAAUAUUGAUCUAGAUACCAAUCCAGGUUUGCAUGCCAUCACAUGA